GCUAUGGCUACGACAGGUCAAAAAGCCAAAUGUUGUGACUGGAAUUUGUAAAGAAAAUAAUUUAAAUUACGAUGGCUCCGAAAACGCCACCUCCCGCCGGGGUUGGGGAAACAAUAAAAAACCUGUUGACGAGUCCAUUCAAAAAGAAGCCUCCACCAAAAACACCAGUAGGAGGAAUGGGGGAGAGAUUUUCCAACGCGAUACAUAACAAUUACAGAGGGUUAAUCGGUGUCAUAGUACCGGUUGCCGCAUUUGCAUGGCAAAUUGAAAAAGAGAAUAAUGCAAAAAAAGUAAUGAUUAUGUGGUUGACGAUGACUUGGUUCUUCUUUACCCAACCGGUUUCAAUCCCGGUUACCGGAUUGAUUCCAGUAUUUGUUCUACCGAUGGCCGGAGUUAUGCCAACGGUUAAGACUUGUGGUUGUUAUUUGACCGAAUAUGUGAUGCUACUUGUAAUAUCUUCGAUGAUAGUAGUGCUGCUUAACAAUUCUGGCGUCGAUCGACGUAUAUGUCUGAGGCUUGUGUGCUCCGGCGACGCCUGUCAAUAUUCGGGAAAAAGAUUGAUUUUCAAAACUAGUGUAGCUGCUUAUUUCCUAUCGAUGUUCAGUAGCCGACUCAUAGUUACAUCUACUUUGACCCAACUUGUAACGAAUGCCGUCACAAAAUUGGAUGCAAGCCCAAAGAACCCGGAAAUUGAUCCCAAUUACAUUACCAUGCGACACAUAAUAAACAAUGCAAUUCAAACAGCCUCAUCAAUAGGCAGCGUUGCAUUUUUUCAUACCGCAAUGGUGACGAUUCUCUUUAGGGGGGCCUUUGUAGAAUUCGCUCCUGCUGAUAAAGAAUAUCCAGAUAUAUUUAACUACCUACAAUAUUCAGCUUUUGCUUUUCCAUUAUCGUUCGUAAUGUUCCUUCUGAAUGUUAGUUACCAUAUGUUUCUUAUGGACUGGGCUUUGGGAAAAAAUAUGCCUGCAGCAAAGAUGGCAGAAUUAAGAUCCAUUUUUCUGAAGAGUCGUAAGGAAAUACCUCGCAGAAUCAGCUUGCAUGAGAGGCUUUCGGUAAUAUUUUUAAUUAUCAUCGUGAUUACGUUCUUCUUUCGUUGGAAUCAAUGGAUAGAUGGAUGGGCUGAAUUCAGAAGAGAUGUAGACUCUCCGGAAAUUCCAAGGUUAAAAGAUACAACUGUCGCAGCUAUUUUUGUUAUUGCUCUGCAUAUUAUACCUAAAGGUUAUGGAUUUGUAAAAUUCUUAGAAGCUGAAACGAAAAGUGAAUUACCACCUUUAAAAGCAGAAUCAGCUAUAUUAUGGUGGAAGUUUGUUGAUAAUAACGUUAACUAUGGAUAUAUAUUCCUUUUUGGUAAUAUGAGCUAA